AGUCUUCUAGUACAUAAAAGAACUCACACUGGAGUGAAACCUUAUGAAUGUAACCAAUGUGGUAAAGCCUUUGCAUCGAACAGUCAUCUCCUAAGACAUAAAAGAACUCACACUGGAGAGAAACCUUAUGGGUGUAAUGAAUGUGGUAAAGCCUUUCCAUGUAACAGUCAUCUCCUGCUACAUAGAAGAACUGACAGUGGAGAGAAACCUUAUGAAUGUAACCAAUGUGGUAAGCCUUUAAGUGAAAGUUAUGUUCUUAUAUGGCAUAAAAGAACACACACUGGAGAGAAGCCUUACAAAUGUAAUCAAUGUGGUAAAGCCUUUGCAAAAAGCAGUCAGCUCAUACGGCAUAAAAGAACACAUACUGGAGAGAAACCUUAUGAAUGUAACCAGUGUGGUAAAGCCUUUGCACAAAACAGUCAUCUCAUAAGCCAUAAAAGAACACACACUGGUGAGAAACCUUAUGAAUGUAAUGAGUGUGGCAAAGCCUUUGCAGAAAACAGUCAUCUCAUGAGCCAUAAAAGAACACACACUGGAGAGAAACCUUAUGAAUGUAAUGAGUGUGGCAAAGCCUUUGCACAAAACAGUCAUCUCAUAAGCCAUAAAAGAACACACACUGGUGAGAAACCUUAUGAAUGUAAUGAGUGUGGCAAAGCCUUUGCAGAAAACAGUCAUCUCAUGAGCCAUAAAAGAACACACACUGGAGAGAAACCUUAUGAAUGUAAUGAGUGUGGCAAAGCCUUUGCAGAAAACAGUACUCUCUUAAGCCAUAAAAGAACACACACUGGAGAGAAACCUUAUGAAUGUAAUGAGUGUGGCAAAGCCUUUGCACAAAACAGUACUCUCUUAAGCCAUAAAAGAACACACACUGGAGAGAAACCUUAUGAAUGUAACCAGUGUGGUAAAGCCUUUGCAAAAAACAGUCAUCUCAUGAGCCAUAAAAGAACACACACUGGAGAGAAACCUUAUCAAUGUAACCAGUGUGGUAAAGCCUUUGCAGAAAACAGUCAUCUCAUAAGACAUAAAAGAACACAUACUGGAAAGAAAACU